GGAAUCAUUGCCUGAUCAGGGUGAUCAAAGUCAUGUUUUUCCCUUCUUCAGGUGGUUAUGUUCUUGAUGAUUUGGCACCUAUUGUUGGUAUGGACUUGUGUUCUUUAGAACAAAUGAAGGAUUUAAAUAUGUCCUCUAUGUUGCCCUGUGAUAUUAGAGAUUUUCCCAAAUCUGAAUUGCAAGAAACGGUGAUCGAGACUGAUGAUGAGAGGCAUAUUUACGAGAUUAAUGAAUUGGAAAAAUCUGAAAAGAUUAAAGAAGAUGAAGCUUUCAGCGAAUAUUUUUCAGGCAUUGAUACACACCAGAGUAUAUUGGUUUCAAUCUCAAGCAGGUGUGUGCCGAAAGGAACUGUAUGUGAACGUUCACGGCUCUUGCGAAUAAAGCUCUAUGGAUCUUUUGAUAAACCACUGGGAUGAUACCUUCGAGAUGACCUAUUUGAUCAAGCAUCUUACUGUUAGUCUUGUAAUGAGCCAGCUGAAGCCCAUGUCAUAUGCUAUACGCACAAGCAAGGAAAUCUGACAAUCAACGUAAGGCGCCUUUCCUGUCUUAAGCUACCUGGUGAACGGGAUGGGAAGAUAUGGAUGUGGCACCGAUGCCUUAGGUGUGCUCGUAUAGAUGGGGUUCCUCCAGCAACUCAUAGAGUGGUUAUGUCUGAUGCUGCUUGGGGACUUUAUUUUGGAAAGUUCUUGGAGCUUAGUUUUGCAAAUCAUGCAACUGCUAACCGCGUUGCAACAUGUGGUCAUUCAUUGCAGAGGGACAGCCUUCGUUUUUAUGGAUUUGGCAACAUGCUUGCAUUCUUCCGUUAUUCCCCAAUCACUAUACUAUCGGUACAUUUGCCCCUAUCAAUGCUUGAAUUUGGGGAAGAUGUUCAGCAGGAGUGGAUUAGAAGAGAGGCAGCCGAGCUAAUGGUCAAAAUGGAAAUGUUGUAUGCGGAAAUAUCUGAUGUACUUGACAGCAUUGAACUGAAGAGUAAAUCUUCAAACGUAAGUGAGUUAUCGAAUCACAUUAUGGAACUGAGAGAUCAGAUUCGGAAGGAGAGAAUUGAUUACAGCGGCUUGCUACAACCAGUUGUUAUGGAGACAUCAUACCAUGGUCCAGCAGCUAUGGACAUCCUGGAAUUGAAUCGCACAAGGCGUUCACUACUUAUAAGUUUGCAUGUAUGGGAUCAGCAACUUAAUUCGUUGGACACUUUUCCUGGGAAAAAUUCUACUUUCAAAGCUGAAGUUGUUCUCUCUGAGGAUGAAAAACUUGAUGCUCCUGAAGAAAACAUGUGCAGGUACUCAGAUUUAAUGGAGCCUCCUAAGAGUGACAGACAGUUGGAGCAGAACUGCAAUUUGCCAACCUUGGAAUCCGAUAUGCCUGAAGAAUCUGACUUGGCAUCGUGUAUUGAGAAGAGAGAGGAGAAUGGUCAGCCAAAUGAAAGCAUCAAUUCUCCUGCAUCUACUUUAUCUGAGAGAAUAGAUUCUGCUUGGACAGGUACUGAUCUACUUGCGUUGAAAGUUCAACCUUCAGAAGCAUCUCAGGGAGAUGAGCUUCAUGCUGGUUUUAUCAGGCCAACAAGUAAAAUGUAUAAUCUUCCUUUGAGAAAUGUUGCCACACCUAUGUGGGUUCAUUCUUCUGAUUCUGUGUUGAUAGUACUGCAGAGGCGAGGGUAA